UUGAUCAGCUUGUCCUUCGGCGGAGCAGUCGGGCUGAUGUUCCUGAUGCUGGGAUGCGCCCUUCCCCAGUACAACCAGUACUGGCCGCUGUUUGUUCUGUUUUUUUACAUCCUUUCUCCCAUCCCGUACUGCAUAGCAAGAAGAUUAGUAGAUGACACAGAUGCUACAAGUAACGCCUGCAAGGAGCUGGCAAUAUUUCUUACAACGGGCAUUGUCGUCUCAGCAUUUGGGCUACCGAUAGUGUUCGCGAGAGCAGAACUGAUAUACUGGGGCGCGUGCGCACUCGUUCUUACGGGGAAUACAGUCAUCUUUGCCACCAUCCUAGGAUUUUUCUUGGUCUUUGGCAGCAAUGACGACUUCAGCUGGCAGCAGUGGUGAAAGGAAGAUGGAGAACUAUCACAGGCAUCUUGUCAUGCAGUGGCCAUCCAUACAAAUGAGAGAAUGGGCAAUAAAGAGAAGUAGCGUAGCAAGCCUCUUGAGUAUCCUAGAUACUCCUUUUCACCUUGUUCGUUCUGAGUGUACUACUGUUGCUGACAGGGAUUCUACAUUUUUUUAUGAAGUGGAGAGAUGAUUGAUUUCACUUUUACCUAUGGUAUGUUUUUAGGUGCUCUCCUGGUUUAAAAUUGUCAUCCUUCUGUUUGGUGUUUAUGUGAAGCUUUAAAUCUGGAACAAGAACAUUUAAACGUGGCUUCAAAGAAGAUUUAAAGAUGUUUUUUUUUUUUAAGUUAAGCAUUAAUA